AUGUCGGCAGGCCCAGGACAGUCCUCUGCGCCAUCUAAACUGACCGGGAACUCCAGCCAGCCGGCGUCAUACCAUCCACCGUCGCAGUCACACUCGUUUGGGCCGGACUCUCCAGCUCGUCGUGUCUCGGGCCCGCUCGUGGGAGGCCAGUCGUCCAGCAACCUAGCUUCGGCCAGGAACAACCAGUCGAAGAAGGCGAACCACAAGCGUCAGCGGAAACCUCGUCUGGUGGACGAGGAUGCUAUUGCUGAAGCCAGAACAAACCCCCCUCGACUGACUCAAGAUGUAGGCAGCCAUGAGGUCAACUUCCAGCAGAAAGGGCCAAACCUCUAUCACUCACUUGAUGAACUUUUCGCUACCUCCACGGCCUCACUCAUCUCCUUUCCGGCCCCAUCGUCACUGAAUCCAAAGAAGAAUUACCAUGCACAGGCCACUAAUGCAGACGUCCACCUGGAUUGGGACACUGUGCUGCAGGUGUUGGUGUCGACGUCGUCCUCCCAGCCCACCAGCUGUCCCAUCUGUCUCUGUGUUCCCGUAGCUCCACGGAUGGCCAAAUGUGGACACAUAUUCUGUCUGCCUUGUCUUAUCCGCUUUCUACACACUGUCGAUGACCAGGAUGCACCUCCUGUCAAAAAGGCGAGAUGGAAGAAAUGCCCAAUUUGUUGGGAUCCGGUUUACAUGUCCGAAACCAGAUGUGUACGGUGGUACUCCGGCCAGCAGAUCGAUACGUUGAUGGAAGGCGGGGAUGUCUUUCUCAGGCUAGUCAUGCGUCACCCUGGCAGCACUCUUGCACUUCCCCGGGAUGGGGCCGACCGACACCCUCACGGACCCGAGGACGAUCUCCCGUGGUAUAAUGCAGCAGAAGUAACCGACUAUGCACGGUUCAUGAAGGGCGGAGAGGAGUACAUGAUAUCUCAGUAUGAUGCCGAGCUCGAGGCUCUUGAGAAGCAAGAACAGGAAGACGAGCUUCUUUUUGGGCAGGACUCAACAUGGACCCAGAAGGCCAUGGCUGCCAUUAGAGAAGCCAAAGAAAAGAUCAAGGGAAUUGGUAACCCGCCUCAUUUCCAUAGAAAUGACGGAAAAGAGGACAAACAUGAACAGGAUCUAUCCCUAUCUAACUCACCACAUACAGAAAAGACCCCGGCUUCGCAUUUGCCUGGAACAUCAUCACAUUCAGUGCAUGACACAACACCCAGAAAUAAUUCAGGAAACGCAGGUGAAGUUGAGGAUAUCUCGUCUAGGGUGUCUAAGCUUGAUAUACACCAUCAGCCGCAUACCAAGCAAUCAGCUCCAUCAUCGGAUGAAAGGACAAUCCACUCGACCGCCAACGAAUCGGAAAGGGGCCAUCCUCCUGAUGUGCCAUACUAUUUCUACCAAGCUCUGCCCCAUUUCUAUCUCUCGUCUCUUGACAUACGAAUUCUAAAAUCUGCGUUUGGCGACUUUUCAAUGUUCCCAUCCACCAUACUACCCCGAGUCGAGCACAUUUCUACAGGCCAUAUCAUGGACGACGACCUACGCAAACGUGCCAAGUAUCUAAGCCAUCUACCCCAUGGCUGUGAGCUGACCUUUCUAGAAUGCGACUGGACCGACCUGGUCAGCCCCAGCGUUCUUGAGAAAUUCAGUGUCGACAUUGAACGCCGCCGGAAGCGAAAUCGCGAGAAGGCAGCCCGUGAAGAGAAGGAGCGUAUCCGUGCUGAACGGGAGGAAGAUGAGAAGCGGCUAGCAGGAGCUAGCCGACGGAAGAGGUCCAGCCUGUCGUCUCCUAGUGAGCGACCCUUCAGCGCUAGUGACUUCCAGCCACUUGGCCCCGGCGCAAGCAGCCAGGCCGCCAACGACGACCAUGUAGACACCAGUGUUUCCACCGCCUCGCCUCCAUGGUCCUCUUCGCAGAGCCGCAACAACCAGAACCACCAGUCGUUUGCGGCUCUAGCAACGCCGUCGAACAGCCCCCCUUCCCGCCGGACAGUAUGGGGUACAGCUGUGGUCGAAUCCAGCUCCCCCACUGCCGGUUCGAGUCGGGAGCCCUACCCUCCCAACCAUGAUGACGGCUGGCUUCAAGACUGGGAGGCAGAGCUCCUGGCCGAGCAGCGGGAGCUCAUCAUGCAUGGCACCAACUCCAAUAGUGGCAAUAGUAGCGGGACUGGUAAGCACACACCCGGUGCCACACCGGGUAAGAAGAAGAAGGCUAAGAAGAUCACACUCAUGUCUACCAAUGCACGACGAGCAGCAUAG